GCCAUAUAUUUCCCCAGUGUUCAACAAAACACUAAAAUACUCUUUUUUCAAUGUAUCUGUUCGAUGUACAAGCUCACCAGAUGAAAUCAUGUUUCAAUUACAGUAACAUACCCUCUAAACACUCCAUUUUAUGGAAUUGUUCCAAGCCAGAUCAUUUCCAAAAGCACAGCUGCCCACAAGGAAAUGUUCCAUUUGUUAUGCGUCUGCAUUACCUCAGAAAGACUGAACGGAACAGCUGAACCUGGCUUUGGGAAUCUGAGAUUCUAACCACAUAUUUUCACUGAAAUCAGAUCCCAUUGUGUUUAGUCUGUGUUUGCUUUGUUAACAGUCAUCAGUUGGCAUACUGCCUCAGAGUACAGUGGUGUGACGUGGUUUGCAUUUCAAGCGGUACUGGCUGUGAACAAUAUGAAUUGCUUGAUUUCUUGAGAAGGCCUCACUUUCAUGACUGAGUCGUUCCAUCACUGGGUUCAAUGUAGAAGGAUAGGGAUUACUACAGCGCCCAUGAACACAGUGUUUUCAAUUUUAAGUGUAUGCUGCUGAGGUGCUAAAGUGACAUAAUGCUGUCUAAUCUGUUCAAACUGAACAAAGAAGCUCUAAACUUACUGAAACCUUCUGCCUCGGGUGACCUGAAAACAGACAUAUCCCACAAUCCUUUAGGAGAAGAGGAGGGCGGGAUCCCCUUUCCCAACUCUGGGCUACUGCAUGUGGCAGAAAGAAGGCAGCCCCUGAGCAGCGUGUCCUCCCUGGAGGUGCACUUUGACCUGCUGGACCUCACUGAGCUCACAGACAUGUCCGAUCAGGAGCUGGCUGAAGUGUUUGCCGACUCUGAUGAGGAAAACCAAAACGAAUCCCCAGCAACUCUGCACCAGCCCCCUCUCCCUCGCGGAGGAUACCUGCGCUCGCCCUCAUGGACCAAAACCAAAGGAGAGCACAGGCGAGACAGGAAGAGCAACCCCAGUGAGUCUGAGCAGCCCCUGAAUACCGACAGGCCCAAGAAGACCUGAGCCACAGACACUCUCCCCUGCCUGGACUCUGACACCAAUACCAAGCGAUAUAUAAAUCUGUGUUGAUGAAGAGAAAUGGCAGAUGGAUACUGUGCACUGUAAUCUAAAGUAGGCAACUUAUGAGUGAAUGCAGCACUAUUUUAUUUUAUUUAAAAAGCCUGUGGGCUUGGCGGGAUUGAUUGACUGAAUGUUUUGCCUUAUUGCACAUUAGGUAUAGGCAGAAAUCCAACUAAGAUAAACAUGCUUGGAUAUAAUAAUCCAGUCACAAGUGGGGGUUUACAAAGUCAAGAUCAUCCUCUCUUGUGAAAACAUUGUAGAAUUGAAAGCAACCCUUAGCUACAUUCUUUAAGCACUUUUGGAGACAUUGUUACAUUUGCAGGUACUGCACUCAAGACUGUGGUCUCACCAAUGGCAGAUGAUCCAUUGCACUCAUUCACUGUAACAUAUUUUUAAAACCAAAAGCCUAUAUUUGUCCUGCCUUGAAAAUACUCAUACCUUCUAAUGUCCAAUGUGACUUGCUAUCCUAUGACCUGAGCAGGGGGGGGGGGG